CACAUUAAACAGCUGUAGUUAUUGUAUUGUAUUGUUUAAUUUCAACACUUUGUUAAAAAUGUCGCUUGUUGCUUAUGCCGCCAGCUCUGACGAAGAUUCAGAGAACGAGGAGGAGGAGAACCCUGGUCCACAGGUGGAACUGGUAAAACCAGCAGCCAAGCCAAGCACAACAGAUCCCUCCAAUGAGACACCCAUUGAGCCUGAAUCAACCAGUGGUCACAUCAGCGAUGAAGACGACGAUUACGUCCCCCAGGAAGUGUCGCUGCAGGAGUUGAAGCCACAAACUGGAAGGCUACUUCUAGCCUUACCCAAACCAAAAGUCUCUACUCCCGCUGCAAACCCUGAAGAUGAGGACGUGGACGAACUGGUGACCCCCGCCUUUGCCAACCUGCCCAUGCCACGAACGGCAGCGCCAGGAAAAGCCAUCAUAGAGGAGAAGGAUGAUGAGUUCCUGCACAAAAAAGCACUGCCCGUUGAAAUAGAGAAACCUCCGCCGCCAGUUAAAGGGCGCGUCAAGAUCAGCAUUCCGUCGCUGCGGGAAUUCUCCGAUGUGGAUCGGGAGAAGGCUGACAAGGCCAAGAACAAAGUGGACAAACCCAAUGUUCCGAAGGGAUCGGGACUGCUUAGUCUGCUGCCCCAGGCAAAGUCGGAGAGAAAUUUCUCUAAAAGCUCCACAUCCGUGGCAGCCACUCCGACAGCGAGCACAACUACUGCUCCCAAGCCAACAAGCAGUCAUCCUGUGCAGCCUCGAUCCUCUCCAGCUUUUGUGCCCGAUACAGUAAAGCUAAGACGAGCAGCGCACAAUACCGAAGGUGUAGACGGCCCGAAGGCCGCAAAAAAGAAGAAUUCUGAAGCAAAGGAUGCUUCGAAGUCCAUAAAAGCCAAACCCACUUCGCUGGUGAAUGCCAGCGAUAGUGAGGAUGAUGAUGAGGGUACUGGAGACUUUUUCUCCCUAAACUCAGAGCAGAAACUUCCCGAGGUGAGCAGCAACGAGAUUAGCGCACUGGUGGCCAAGCGAGCAGCUAAAAUGGUAGAGGCCAGUACCAAAUACCUGGAGGAGAUUGCCGAGAAGGAAGCCGCCGAAGCAGAGGCCGCCCGACUUGAGGAGGAGCAGACGCAGUUGGCGCAGAAGCGCUACCACGAGCAGCAGCUAAACGCCGAGGCCAUGGACGCACUGGUGGGCAAGAAUGCCAAGCGACGACGAAAGGAGGCGAAGGAGAUGCAGGUGAUCGACAUUGUGGGCUCACAGGUAAUGCCCGAUCGCGAGGAAUGGAUGCGAACGGCGCUGGCCUCGUCGACUACCUUCCAGCCCACUGGAGUGCUGACGGACGAGGAGCCAGUGGCAGGAACGAGGCGCAAGCACCAGAUCACCUACCUGGCGCACAAGGCCAAGGCCAACGAGGCCGAGCUGCAGGCCAUGUGGUCGGCCAACCGGCAGACCCGCAGAGCCACCCAGAGCAAAUACGGCUUUUGAGUUUCCACUUUAUGUACACCUAAUCUUAAAAUACAUGCUUAAUCCUACUGAAUCCAA